CCGACAUCCACGUCAAAAAAAAAUUUGUAGACGUGUUUUUACACUCACUCUUUUUUUCUUUUUAUCUCCAUUUUUCAUUUAAAAAAGGCCAUAAACCAUGCUUGAAGCACGUCUCCAACAAGCCAAACUUCUCAAAUCUCUUCUUGAAGCCGUCAAGGAACUUGUCACAGAAUGCAAUUUGGAAUGUAAUGAUUCCGGUAUUGCUCUUCAAGCUAUGGAUAACUCCCAUGUUGCCUUGGUGGCCAUGAUGCUCCGUUCUGAUGGUUUUGAUCCUUACCGUUGUGAUCGUAACUUGCCUUUGGGUAUCAACUUGACUAACUUGGGUAAGAUUUUAAAGUGUGCUCGUAACGAUGAUAUCGUGACACUCAAGGCCGAUGAUGAUGGUGAUGCUUUAAGUUUGGUAUUUGAAAGCAAAGACAGUGAUAAAGUGAGUGCAUAUGAUCUCAAGUUGAUGGACAUUGACAGUGAACAUUUGGGUAUUCCUGAAACUUCAUACGAAGCUGUUGUUCGUAUGCCCUCUGCUAGAUUUCAAGAAAUCGUUCGUGAUUUAUCUACCCUUAGCGAUUCCGUCACAAUUGAAUGCACAAAGGAUGGUAUCAAAUUCUCUGCUGACGGUGAGAUCGGUAAAGGUUCCAUUACAGUCAAGGCCAACAGUUCGGUAGACAAUGAAGAUGAAUCAACUGUCAUUGAACUUCAACAGAGUGUCUCCAUGGCCUUUGCCGUCAAAUAUCUUGUAAACUUUACAAAAGCCACUCCUCUUGCCACUCGUGUCAGCUUAAAUCUAUCAGCAGAUGUUCCACUUUUACUUGAUUAUAAUCUUGACAAUAUUGGUUAUGUUAGAUAUUACUUGGCUCCCAAGAUUGGUGAUGAAGAAUAAAGAAAAUAUUUAAAAAAGAGAAAAGAGAAAAAAAAAAAGACAUGACGCGCAAUAAAGUAUUCCCCCCCCCCUUCUUCUUCCAUCCACUUUUUUAUAAGAUACAUUAAAAUGAACUAUUUAUAUAUAUAUAUAUAUAU